GUAUCCUCAAGGUUAACAAUGAGGAGGGUUCUUGUCCACUAUGUGUUGUGGUCCAUUGUUCAGGUUCUGGAUGCAUCACAAUGCGAUAGGUUAGAUGAUGACGUUGAUGUCUGCCAGGAAAAUCUGGGCAGCAAUGAUCUUAUUAAAUUGAAGAAACAUGAAAUGCCACAUGAGAUUGACAGUGAUGAGACCUAUUCCUGCCUCCUUUACCCAACAAAUAUACUCAACUGCUCCUGGUCAGUUCAAGGUUUACCAAACCAGAGUCAGCUGUGUGUCCAUCUCUGUAUUUGCCAGGGGAAGAAGACUGUCCAAACUCUGAACUUUCCAUGUGAUUGGACUGUGGGUUCACACUCGGAGCUCCAGCCUGAUUUGAAGACCUUUGAUGUAAUCUUUCUCUUCAAUGUGUCUCUCCAAAACUCAUGGGUAGUGUACGCCGACAAAUACGACGCUUACAUGCUCGAGGUUCUGUCUCCACCCCCAAACAUCUCUGCAGCAGUCAGAGAUGGAGGUUUGUUGGUGACGUGGGAUCUGCCGCACACACGAGUGGCCUAUGCAGCAGCGUGCUUUGAAUACGAGUUGAACAUAGAUGACCCGCAAGGAUCCAACAUCUUCACAGACAAGCAGUCUUACACAGAAUCAAAUAUAGAUCCCACCCGUGCCCACAAAGUGAGAAUGAGGACCAGGACACAUUCAACAUGUCAUGGAUCAAAUCACUGGAGUGCCUGGAGUCACACUGUCAUGGUGGAAAAUUCAGUGCAGACACUGAACACUGCGGUCAUCAUCUCCAUUUCGCUGGGAGUACCCAUGAUCCUCCUGGCUGUGCUGCUGGUGUUCCGGCUCCAGAGGGUGAAUAAGAUCCUGUUUCCUCCGGUUCCUUGCCCCCCGCCGGAGUACAAAAACUUCUUGGAAAAAAAUGAACCAUUUAAUGUAACAAGUUCAUGUCACACACACAAUUUUUAUGUCUCAAUUCUGGGGCUGUAUUCUUAUAAGACUGCAUUCUUUGACCACAUGCGUCAUAGUGAUACGACUAAACUGUCUUAUUUUGAAUGCUCCAUGAUAUGCGGCUUUCUUUAUCCGAAAGCAAAGGAUGCAAAAGGCAUAUCCUGAACAGCCCAAACAAUCGUAAGAGUCACUGCGUGAUUCCCUCCAAGACAUAAAGUUUGGUCAAUUUAAAAAAGAGGACAAUUUCAGGCUCCAUAUGUACACUUAUAAAUAAGUGAUGUUUAUUAGUAAAGUAUAAAUUACCACUGAAAAAUUAUUACUCUUAUUAUGUCACAUCCAAUAUGUUAGCUUGUCGCAUGUAGCUGUCAAGGCUGCUAGUCGAUGGGGUAGGUGCGUUAAAAGCAAAUGACACAAUCAUAAAAUGAUACGCAGGCUAAAC